AUGUGCAGGACGACGGAUUACCGGUGCCGCCUCGGCGGUGAUCUACUCAAGAUCAAGGCAUUCUUCGUUAGGUUUUCGCAUCUUGAAUCCCUAAAUCCACCGCUGGACUCGCUCACUCUCUUCUACCUUCCUCGCAUUGACGAGACCGACCUGGAGAUCGACGGCAUUAAGAUUCGUCCGGACUCGCCGGCGUUUGUGACUCUUCAUCGAGUCAUCUCGCCGUCGUUACGGAUGAGGAAGGAUGUGGUGUUCGGGAGUAGAGAGCGAGUUCGAGCGAGCGAAGGUGUGCAGUUCCAGGUGUAUUUGAGGGAGGAGAAGGUCGUGCAGGGGAUUUUCAGGAGGUGCGACGAUGGAGAGUGGAGAUUAGAGUGUAAAUGCGCGCUUGAAUCUGACAUCGCCAGAUCAGCGGCAGCGGCGGUGGAGAUUUGUGUGGAUUUGGAGGGAGAGGUAGCGAUGUUUGAGAAGGUGGUGCUGAAAGCGAGAAGGAAGAAGAAGAAGAGAGGUUUCUGUGCAAUGGAGGAGAUUCCGGAGAGGCGAGAAGUGGACGGUGACUGCGAUGGAUGUGGUUGUUGUUGUGAGGUGGAUGGAGAUUCGUCGGCCGGCGAUUGCGGUUGUAGUGGUGGUGAAGAUGAUGACGGUGGCGGAGAAACGGAGUUAGAGGGGGCGUGGUGGGGCAUGGAUUUGGGGAUUUGGGCCGUGUGUUUAGGAGUUGGGUUCUUGGUCUCUAAGGCGGCCCACUCCAAAACAUUGAGACGCAAGGGAAUAUUCUGA